CGUCUGCACUCUCACCGCCUCCACUUGCUCAAACUUUCCAUAGCUCCUUUCCUUCCUUUCCCUUUGUAAAUUUCUCUCUCCGCUAAAAGGGCGAAUUCCAAAGCGCUCUCGACUCAUUCGUGCACCAUUGUUGGCCGUAUCGGCUCGAGAGUUGAGCAAAUCAAUCAAAGCUGGCGAUCGAUAAUCAGGAAUCCGCGGUUCGUGAAAUCAGGCCGAAGAACAGGCGGAUUAUGGGAGGCGGCGGACCUGAUGAGGAGGAGAAUCGGUGGCCGCCGUGGCUGAAACCGUUGCUGAAGGAGCAUUUCUUUGUUCAAUGUAAAUUUCACGCCGAUUCUCAUAAGAGCGAAUGCAAUAUGUACUGCCUGGAUUGUAUGAACGGCGCUCUCUGUUCUCUCUGUUUGAAUUACCAUAGAGAUCAUCGCGCUAUUCAGAUAAGGAGAUCAUCAUACCAUGAUGUUAUCAGAGUUUCUGAAAUUCAAAAGUAUCUGGACAUCAGCUCUGUCCAGACCUACAUAAUCAACAGCGCCAAGGUCGUCUUCCUCAACGAGAGGCCACAACCGAGGCCUGGUAAAGGCGUCACCAACACCUGCGAAGUCUGCGAUCGCAGUCUCCUCGAUUCCUUCCGAUUCUGCUCCCUUGGCUGCAAGAUUGUAGGAACUUCCAACAAUUUCCAGAAGCACAACAAAAACCAUUCGCCGGAGAAGAAUCGGACGGCAACGGCGCCGGCGGCGUCUGAUUCCGAGGACUCAUUCAGCAGCAGCAGCAGCAAUGGGCGCGACAUCAACAAAAUCCCGAGCUUCAGUCCGUCAACGCCGCCUCUGAGUUACCGAACCGCGAAGCGAAGAAAGGGGAUUCCGCAUCGAGCCCCCAUGGGAGGUCAUCCAAUAGAAAUAUAAUCAAUGCCAUAACACAGUAAGGCAUUUUCAUCUUCUUCUUCCUCCUACAGCAAUGUACAGCAUCAGCAGCAGCAGAGGCAGCUUGUAGUAUAGAAUGGUACAUAGGGGUAAAUUUGGCAAAAUAAAAAAUAAAUAAAUAUAUAUAUAUCAAAAAAAUAAAACAAUGUGGAGAUGGGAAAGGCAAGUUUGAUUAAAAGUUUAGUAUAGCUUUUCUUUUAUUUUCUUUUGUUGUUGUUAACUGGUCUGGUUUGUGGUUGUGGGCAUUGUGCUUUUACUAUUUAUUUUGUAUUUGGUCAAUUUUGGGUGCAGUUUGAAAGAAGUCCCUUCCUUAGGGGCUCGGAUUCAAACCCAAAAUUUAGUUUGACCUCUAAUGUAAUAUGUAAUGUAAUGUAAUGUAGCAGGCAGCAAUGUGUACAUUAUAUUUAUUACAUGAUGGAUACACAAUAUGGUUUGUGUUGUAUUA